AUGCGUUCGUAUGCCGUGUCGUUAGAGGCGGCCAGGAGGCAAUAUUUGACAUUUACGCAUCGGAUAUCUGUUGCUUCGAGCGGCAGCAAGGGCGGCGGCCGGCACAGGCAGUGGUGUAACACCGGCAAUAAAAACAAAAACACGCUCCCUUGGAGGAGGGCGACCGACACGGCGGCUGGUGUUUACAACGAGCCGGGCCCACGCUCACAGCGCCACAUCGAUACAGGAACACAUCUGACGCUCGGAGGCAACGAAACGAAAUGCAGCCGUCGAACGACCCGAGGCUCGGCAGACAGACACGACGCAACAACGGACCACUGGAGUGGUAUCGACGUGCGGCCCGUGAAGCGGACAGGGACUGCCACAGUGUCGCUCGACUCAACUGGUGAAAUAUCACUGUCGGCGUUCGUACGGCUUCGGAGCACUUGGCACUGGACACACGGACGCGGGGCGCACGAGUACAGCUAG